CGUAGGUCGGGUCUUCCCAAUCCUGAUAACAGAUUCCGAAAGAGGGGCUUGCUUCGACAUUGGAGUCGUAAGAAGAGUGGGAGAGAAAGGAAUCCAGCAAAUAAUAUAUACAUAUAUAUAUGUAUGUAUGUAUAUGAAAUUAGCAAAUCAAAAUAUUAGUAUUAGAAAAGUAAAAGCAAGCACUUGUAAAAUACAAUCGGUUGAAGUUAGGUAUAGUCUGCGGAGCAAGAAAAUGGUCGUCAACACUUGACACUCAUGCCUAAUACCCUCCAUUUAGCACCCUUUUUCUUCGACCAUCUCUUUCUUUUUCUGUAAUUAUUCCUUCUCUUCUGCAUCACUUACGUGUUUGUCUUUCGCAAUUGCUCAUUUUUGUUCCCAUUAUUAUCUUCCUGACCAUAUAUUUAUAUUUUUGGGUAGUCAAAUAUCAGUCCAAAACUCAAAACUCUCCAAGAAUUAUCAUUCUCCCACACCUUUACCAUAGAGAAGCAAAUUUUCCAUGGAUUCUCAGGUUAUGGUGGCGCUUGCUCUCUCACUUGUGGGUGGAUUCAGUACUUCUCUAGGGUUUUGCUGCUGGUCUAAUGUUGAGCAUAUCAUUCCUUGAUUUGGCUCAUAAUGCUAUGAACUCAAUUGGGUUUUUGAAGGGCAACCUCUGGUUUUUUGCUGGUGUUGUCUUCUUUGCCAUGGUUGCCAAUUUUAUACCAGAACCAACACAUUUUCAGCAUUCUGAGGUGAAAAGCAAAAAGAAAAAUGGUGAUGAAGGGGGCAAGGACAUGGUGAAAAAGCAUCGCCGCCAGGUUUUCUUUAGUGGAAUUAUUACAGCAAUAGGCAUAAGCUUGCAUAAUUUUCCUGAGGGGAUGGCAGUUUUCCUUGGAUCCAUGAAGGGUCUUCGUGUUGGUCUUAAUUUAGCUUUGGCCAUUGCUUUGCACAACAUCCCAGAGGGUGUUGCUGUUGCACUUCCCAUUUAUUUUGCUACACAAAGCAAGUGGCAGGCAUUCAAAUUGGCUACACUUUCUGGUUUUGCUGAGCCUCUUGGUGUUGUAAUUGUUGCUUAUCUAUUCCCAAGGAGCUUAAAUCCUGAAAUUCUUGAGGGCUUGUUAGGAUCAGUUGGUGGGGUGAUGGCCUUCCUAACAUUACACGAAAUGCUGCCAUUGGCAUUUGAUUAUGUGGGGCAUAAGCAAGCUGUCAAGGCUGUUUUCUUUGGAAUGGCUUUCAUGUCUGCAAGCCUAUACUUUCUUCAACUGAGCAUACCUGAGGACAUUGGCUUGUAGCUUCUUUCCAUGUACCAAUCAACAAAAUGUUGUGAAUUCCUUAACCACUGUGUCUGCAUUUCGCAUACAAUAUUGAUGGUUUUCUCUGAUAUUUUAGCCAGAUGCUCUGGGAAGAUCUUAAGCACAAGGAUGAAGGGGCCAAUAUGUAAUGUACAAAAUAUCGAUUUAUUUCUUUAACAAACUGAAGAUUGGAAAGGAAAAAAAGAAAAAGAAAAUAAAUUUUUAUGGAUCUUGUUAAAGAAAAUGUUAGGUAUGGAUCUUUAUGGCAGGUCAGGAAGUCUUGAUUGUAGCCCUCUGUUUAACCAUGGAUAACCCUGGUCGACAAUCCGAAACAAUUAAUAGACUUGUGAGUUAAGAGUUGGCUACAAUGACCUUAACUAUUUAUCAUUGUUCCCUGGAACUUCCAGUUGUUAAUGCUUGACCGCCUAUGCAAAAUAAGUCAAUUUUUAUGGAAAAUUAAAUGAAACUAUUGUAUCGCGUAAUUUCACACCAUUCAAUGAUGA